AGGCUCAACGCAGUUGCCCGUUAGCGGUGAUAAGAGUCAGAUGUAACACAACAGAUAAGCAUCAAGACGCCAUCACCACACAACAGUGCUUCCGAGGGAGAAGGCAUCAUACCCUUUACCAUGAACACGUACAUACUCCUUCACCACCUACUAUUAUUGAUGUUCUUCCUGGUGCUGCCGCGACUUUCCACAGUCCCAUCUUCUGAGUCAUGCAGCAUGAUGGAAGUCCUGGUUCUCGGCCGAGUGGGUUACAUUCCCGGUCAGGGCAUCUAUGCCUGCUUUACCAGGAUGGGAGGGGCGGCGCCUGACUUGUCUCUUCAGUACUCAGCCACGUAUACAUAUGGCUCUGCAAAGACACUGGCCACUUGUAACGAGAACAUCAGCCUUCAAACCUCCCUACUAGAUGGUUCGGUAGCCUACUGCCUCCCGCCAUGUCCCGGAAUGGAAAAGAUAUACCCAAAUCCUAUAUCCAUCGUGAUCACGGGCCACGACAGAGUCACCAGAAAUAUUUAUGCCGCGCUCAUGGAAUCUGUCUUUAUACAAGAUGUGACUCCCACGAUAACUCAGCUCGGUCAAGGCGUGGUGGAGGUGCAGUGGGCUGCGCGACCAGGAAGGACAUACCAGAUCCAACUUUGGCAUUACCCUCAAACUCCGGCGAAGGCCACCCAGACUAUAGAAGAGGUCGAAGCUAUUGAAAUGAUGAAAAAUGAGAUAGGAAAAAUAAAAGAGAGUGUUACAAAGAUAGAUUGUGGUAGUGAGGCAAUAGAAGGCGUCGGGGAGUUAUUUCUAGCUGGUGAUAGAGAGACGGAAGGAAGCCAACAAGCGUCGAUUGAAGGACAAGUGAAGGGAAACAAAGGACUGUACGGGCAAAUGAAAGACAACGACAUAUCAUUAAUAAGAGAUGAAGUAAUGAAUGAUGGAAAGUUAUCAAAUAAAGGCAGAAUAGUGGAAAAGAUCGAGGAAUUAUCAGAAAAAACUGUGGAUGGAUGUUUGACAGAGAAAGUGAGAGAAAUACAAAAGGACGUGUGUGGAGUGAUGAGUAAUGAGACUUUGAUGAAGGUAAAGCAAUGCUAUCACGAUCUUGACAUAGAUGAUGAUGUUGACGAUGACGACGAUAACGAUAAUGACGACGAUGAUCAUGAAGAGGACAAUGAUGAUUUUGUCAAAUUCAUGCGGUGGAGGAAAUGCGUUGCCCUGCACACCAUAUGUACUAAAACUCCCUCUGCCUCCACCCUGGCACCAUUGGACACCUCAAGACCACUCAUCUGUCCGCCUGGCCUGUGCUUCUAUUAUUUCAUGAAUGUCCCCACUUCAGGUUCAGUCUCUGUGGAAGUCAUGGAUACAACGAAGGAUGUGGUCUCUUCGUCCCACACUCCGCCAGCAGCCUUAAGGAAAUGGCGCAGCCUGAUAAUUGACAAAGUGUUGUUGAGCAGUGAAGAUACAGAGACAGGGCUGGGGACCAAGACACUAGUGAUGGAGUUCAGCGGUGCGCUGCAGAAAAAUACACAAGGAAGCAGCAACACAGGGACGCUGGAGAACGGGGGACAGACUGUAAUAGGAGUGGAGAGUGUUAAAGGAGAUUACGUAGCUCUGAUAGUAAACGGCCACGACCACAGCCAGGUUCUCAAGACUGUACAGGCAGAGUGUGAUCCGCUGGGGAGGGUGUGUUCAGUAAGCGGUCUACAAGUCCUGGUAGACCCUGGACAAGGGCCGGUCUCUAACAUCUUUAUUCUCCUCACCAACCGCCACACAGCCGCCUCCAGCCUCUUCUUUCUUACCGAUGUGCAUGUGAGAGUUCACAAGGUGGCGCCAGGCACGGCAAUUGUGAUGUGGGAUAGGGAACCCAGCGUGCAAGAAUUCAUCGUUCGCGUAGUUCAUGCCAGUGGUGAGACAUUUGGGAGUGUCACCGUUGCCUGCAGCAAGAGAGGGAGUGACUGCCUGGCAACCUUCAACAACCUGGCGAGAGGACAAUACCAAGCUGAGGUGUGCUACAAAAGGAAGUCUAAGGUGGUUUUAGCCUUUCAGUUUUUCAUGGAAGAUGACAUCGGCAUUGAGUAUAGGAAGUAAUAACAAACAAAUCAUUGAAUAAAUUGGUUGUGGAUCGUGUAAUAUACAGGGUGGGGGAAAUCAAAUGCCCUAGUUUUGAUAGGCUAUUACGAAAAGUAAAACAAUACGUACAGAAUUA